AUGGAAGACAAGGAGGUUAUGGAGAAGAUGGGGAAGAGGCAGGAACUUACACGUCGAUUUAAUAUCUUUACGAUCUUUGGCCUGUCUAUGACUUUGCUUUCCUCGUGGGAAGCAAUCGGCGGAGCUCUGGGUGUAGGACUCCUUGCUGGGGGACCUGUAGCCCUAAUAUACGGCCUUAUUUUUACGCUCAGUGGAACAUUAGCGUGUGCGGCUUCGAUCGCGGAAAUGGCAAGUAUAUGUCCAAUUAGUGGCGCGCAGUAUCACUGGACAUAUAUGUUUGCACCAAAGAGAUUCCGUGUUCUCAUUACUUUUAUACAAGCCACUAUUACGUCUCUCGCCUUCAUCAUGGCUGCUCAGCUCCAAGGCGUCGUCGUCCUUAACCACCAUUCAUACGUCUUCGAGCGCUGGCAUACUACCCUAAUUAUGUGGCUCGUUGUUGGCAUAACGUACAUCGUUAACGUUUGGGGAAUUAAACUUCUCCCAGCGUUCGAGCUAUUUUCGGGCGUUCUCCAUAUCUUACUCUUCGUGGUAUUGUUCAUUGUCAUGUUAGUAUUCGGAAGAAAUGCAAGUGCGAAGUUCGUCUUUACUGGCUUUGUGAAUGAGACGGGAUGGGAGAACAAGAGCGUGGCGUGGUUUAUUGGGCUCUUGCCCUGUAUCUGGUGCAUUGUUGGCUUCGACGGCGCUAUUCACCUCAGCGAAGAAACCUCCAACUCAGCGCGCACCAUCCCUAAAGUCAUCAUCACCACCGUCCUUGUUAACGGCGGCAUGGCCUGGACCUUCGUCCUCCUGUGUCUCUUCAGCAUCUCCAAUAUUACUGACGUCCUCGAAACGCCGACCGGCUACCCUCUCAUCGAAAUUAUGCACCAAGUAUCCAAGACGCGUGCCGGCGCAACCGCAAUCAUGAGCUUCACACUCAGCAUCACAAUGGCCGCCAUGUUCGGCACACUUGCGAGUGUAAGUCGUCUAACAUGGGCUUUCGCAAGAGACGACGGGUUGCCAUUCAGCGAGUACUUCAAGCACGUGGACGGAGGGCACAACAUCCCCAUCCGGGCGAUUUCGCUAGUCUCCGUUGUCAUUAUUCUUCUAUCCCUGAUCAAUAUCGGUUCUUCAACUGCCCUAAACGCCAUCCUCUCUCUCAGCACAAUCGCCCUCUAUAUCUCCUACAUCAUCCCCAUCUCCUGCCUUGUCUCCAUGCGCCUCCGUGUCAAAAAUACAAUUUACUCCUCAGCUGGGCAGGCAGAGAUAUCAGAAGAACGUCUGGUAUUUGGGCCGUGGAACUUGGGGCAAUGGGGAUUCUUGCCGCUUACGGUGACGACCAUGAAUUACGCAGGUCCGGUAUUUGGAUUUGUGUUGUUAUUUGCGGGCAUGGAUUUCAUUGUAAGGGGGAGAAGGAACUUUGUUGGGCCGACAAGGGAAAGGUGA